GGAUUAGAGCCUUUCACUGGAACAGAAGGAGAGGCCGAGGCAGGACGGAGCCACGAGCACCGAUGAACAACAUGCACUGAAGCAGACGAUGACCGGAGGAUGCACGUGUCCCAUGGUGUAUAUUUAUGGACGUUUAUGGACUAUUCAACAGCUGAAUGAAGGCUAAUGGGGGCUGGAGCAAGUCAGAAACAAGACACAGAAACAUCCACCUCAUCACAGUCCAACACCGAGAGCUCAGAAUCCACUGACUUCCCUGCACGUCCACCCAUCAUCCUCGUCACCGCUCCAUCACGAGACAACAUCUAUGGCUCGCCGUCCACCAUAACCAUCGCCGAAGCUGCCAAAGAGCGCAGGCCGAAUUCAACACCGUUUUUUGUGGGGAAGAAACUAUUGACCAGACAGUAACCUCCUGCAGAAGAAGUCUCACAGAUAUGGGAUGGACCAGGGGUGGACACUCAUCUUUGGACCCCCAGACCCCACGUGGACACACACCUGUGGAAAACUCUGGGAAAGUUCACAGUUGUCCAACAGGAAACAAAACAAUCAUGUCUUUGCUGUUGGAGGACUGAGCUCCUGUCUGUCGAAGCGGGUUUACGGUCGUCCUUUGAAUUUGAAUAUUCUCUGAAAUGAGACAAUGGACGCCGUUGGAGAGGACGAACCGGACCCUAUAAAACUCAAGUCCAUAAAGAACAGUAAAACCUUCACAGUGCCUCAAAACGAUAGGCUUGGAAGCUGCCGAAGUGUCAGAGAGUUUGAGAAACUUAACAGAAUAGGAGAAGGAACCUAUGGCAUUGUGUAUCGAGCACGUGACACCAAGUCAGAUGAGAUCGUAGCGUUAAAGAAAGUCCGUAUGGACAAAGAGAAAGAUGGGAUUCCCAUCAGCAGCCUCAGAGAAAUCACACUCCUGCUGAGGCUCAGACACCCAAACAUAGUGGAGCUGAAGGAGGUGGUGGUGGGCAGCCAGCUCGAGAGUUUGUUCUUGGUGAUGAGUUACUGUGAACAGGAUCUGGCCAGUCUGUUGGAGAACAUGCAGACCCCGUUCUCUGAGGCUCAGGUGAAAUGCAUCAUCCUGCAGUUGCUGAGGGGUUUGGAGUAUCUUCACCACAACUUCAUCAUACACCGGGACCUGAAGGUGUCUAAUCUGCUGAUGACGGACAAAGGCUGCGUUAAGAUCGCUGACUUCGGUUUGGCCCGGAUGUACGGCAUCCCUCAGCAGCCCAUGACUCCCAGAGUGGUCACCCUGUGGUACAGAGCUCCAGAGCUCCUCCUAGGGACCAAGAGCCAGACCACAGCCCUGGAUAUGUGGGCGGUGGGCUGUAUCCUGGCUGAGCUGCUGGCCCAUAAGCCCCUGCUGCCUGGAACCUCAGAGAUCCAACAGGUGGACCUGAUCGUCCAGCUGCUGGGGACGCCCAACGAAAACAUCUGGCCGGGCUUCUCCCAGCUGCCUCUUAUCAGUCAGUACAGCCUGAGGAAACAGCCGUACAACAACCUGAAGAAUAAAUUCACCUGGUUGUCGGACGCAGGACACCGCCUGCUCAACCUGCUGUUCAUGUACAACCCACAGCGCAGAGCCACCGCCAAGGACUGUCUGGAGAGUUCCUACUUUAAAGAGAAACCUCUACCGUGUGAACCAGAGCUGAUGCCAACCUUCCCCCACCACCGAAACAAACGCGCCGCCACCGUUGCCACCGCCGGGGACGCUCACGCCAAACGUAGCAAAGUGUGACGACGACAACCAGGAUCCUCGUGUGGAGUCUGUUCGGUAGAUGAAGGUGCUUCUUCACCUCCAGGUGUUGAGUGUAAAGAGGAUGUAAGUUUAGACGCAGACGUUCACAGCGAUGGACACAAAGUAGAGACGUCCUCUGUCCAAUCAGAGGCCUGAGCCCUGCAGGCAGAGGUGGCAACACACUAAGAACUAAUACUUAUGUCAGGGGUGUCAAACACAUAUUAGUUCAGGUUCCACAUUCAUCCCAAUAUGAUCUGAAGUGGGUCAUACCAGUAAAAUAAUAAUGCAAUAACCUAGA